AUGCCUACGGCGCCACCCGGGGAUGUUGACUACUCCGCCGCUCUGAGCCAGGAAACUAGCCUGGAGAGUGCUGACACGAUCUUUGUGGAGAAGGACAUUGUGCACGUUGAAGAAGGAGAAAUCAGAUCACAAGAUGGUGCAUUGGAAUCGGACGACCCCCAGAACAAGGACGACCUCGUUGUGGACUGGGAUGGGCCAAACGACCCCCAGAACCCCAUGAACUGGACCACCUUGCGGAAAUGGGUCAUUAUCGGGCUGAUAUCUUUGAGCAGCUUCAAUGUAUCCAUGGUAUCCACGGUCUUCGCUCCCGGCGUUCCGCAAGUUCUGAAAGAGUUCAAUGUUCACAACCCAUCCAUUUCAUCUCUAAUGAUAUCGAUCUACGUGAUGGGUUCUGCUCUUGGCCCUCUGGUGCUGACACCUCUCACUGAGAUAAGUGGAAGGCUUCCCAUGACACACCUGGCCAAUGUACUUUUUGCACUGGCUGCAGUUGUUUGCGCUGCCAGUGUGAAUAUAUCAAUGCUCAUAAUGGCACGCUUCGUUAUGGGAAUAGCCAGUUCCGUGCCUGUGACGGUCGGCGGCGGCUUCGUUGCGGAUAUGAUUCCCAUGGAGAAGAGAGGGACGGCAAUGACGAUCUGGACAGUUGGUCCACUCAUGGGCAUGGUCACAGGACCUAUUUAUGGUGGUUACAUUGUCCAAAACAUUGGAUGGCGCUGGACCAUCUGGGUAGAGGCGAUUCUUGGCGGUAUCAUCGUGAUUGCAUCCCUGAUAUUUUUGCGGGAGACAUACGCACCCACUCUGCUCCAGCGAAAGGCGAAGCGACUCCAAAAAGAGACUGGACGUCCGUUUCGCACUCAGUACGACCUGGACAAGACGAUUGGCCAGAUUAUCUGGAUCUCAAUCAGCCGCCCGAUCAAGUUUCUGUUCUUAUCACCCAUCGUUAUGAUCGUUUCAUUGUACAGCUCCAUCACAUACAGCUAUAUGUACACACUGUUCACGACGUUUACGAGCGUCUUCGAGAAUGUGUACCACUUUACUCCCGGAGAAGCAGGUCUCGGCUAUCUGGGACUGGGUCUUGGGUUCUGUUCUGGACAGGUCGUUGUGGGAUACUAUUCCGAUCGAUACCUCAAGAAGCAGGAAAAGAUUCAUGGCAAGAUGAAGCCCGAAGAUCGUCUUCCACCUUUGGUGGUGGGAUGCAUUCUCGUGCCGAUCGGUCUCUUUUGGUACGGCUGGGCCGCAGAAUACCGGUUGCACUGGAUGGUACCCAUUGCUGGUACCUUUUUCGUGGGCGCAGGCAUCUUCUUUGUUCAUCUGGUCACACAGGUGUAUCUGAUUGACUCAUAUACUCUAUAUGCUGCCAGCGCGGUAUCAGCGGAGCUGGCUCUGCGAUGCCUCUUUGGGGCUACAAUCCCGCUGGCGGGCACUCCUUUGUACGAUGCCCUCGGGUUAGGAUGGGGGAACAGUCUGCUCGCGUUUAUUGCACUUUUGUUUGUCCCGGCUUCACUUUUCUUACUCAAGUAUGGUGAGAGAAUCCGGACGAAUCCGAAGUUUCAGCCGCGGAUGACAUGA